AUGAGAACAGUGAGGGUUAAACCAACCUUGCAAGUCACCAAAGAGAUCUUCCUGACACAGCUUGGUGAGAAGCCUGGAAAUGAGCCGGAAGAAGUGAAGCUGCAGAAUGCCAGCAGACAGAUUGUGCAAAAUGCCAUCCUGCAGGCUGUGCGGCAAGUCUCCCAGGAGAGUCGGCGGAGGGAAGAGAGAGCCCGUGACAGCCGGGGCAGCUUCCAGUUGGGUGUGGGGGAAUUAACCAAGAAGCAUGAAAAGAAGUAACACAGUGGAUUUGGCUGCCAUCAUAUGCUUGGCUUCCAGCCUUCUUCUUAGUAUAGGAUGCAUCGCCAAAACGUUGCCAGUGAAGCAAACCAAAGUGUCAUUGACACCUAGCAGUAGAAUGAUUUCACACUAGCCCUUGGCUGAGAAGCACUGUUUUGAAAAAGUGCGUUAGACGAUUCUGUUUAUAUUAAUGCAGUGCCUCUGAAACAGUGGGGCCAAACACAACAC